GAAUAUGGUGGACAUAAAAAUUUUGUUAUUGAUAAGUGCUCUUGGGCUGACGUCUGCAGCUGUAUUGCCAGUCGAAUUACCAAAAGACACAGAAACAGUAUUAGUACCACAAUUAGAUGGACGGAUCGUUGGUGGCAGCGAAGUAUCUAUAGCGCGGCAUCCACAUCAGGCUCAAUUGCGGCAUAGAACUUGUGAAGGUUGCACCUAUUCGCAUCUAUGCGGAGGCAGUAUUUACACUGAUCGCAUAAUAGUAACUGCAGCUCAUUGCGUUUAUAAUCGCUAUGCCAACAAUUAUUUGAUAGUCGCUGGUACAGAUAAGCGUAGUGGUGCUGAAGGUGUUGUCUCCCGUGUUGAUAAAAUUGUGAUGCAUGAAAACUAUAAUGCGUCCAUAACAGAUUACGAUGUGGCUUUGAUAUUUCUCUCAAGCGAGCUGCCAAUAGAUGGUAUCAAAAUUGCAACUAUAGAACUGGCUGAUAGUCAACCGAAGAAUGGUGCUAAAUCUAUUGUAACAGGUUGGGGUACAACUACUGAAUCUGGUUUAUCAUCGCAAAAACUAUUAGAAGUGGAGGUACCAAUUGUAAGUAAUGAAGCAUGUAAUGUGGCUUACGGUGAGGGACGUAUAACAGAUGCUAUGUUGUGCGCUGGUGUGAAAGAUGUUGGCGGAAAAGAUGCUUGCCAAGGUGAUUCCGGUGGUCCUCUCUUAGUGAAUUGGAAAUUGACUGGAAUUGUUUCUUGGGGGCGAGGAUGUGCACGUCCCGAUUAUCCUGGUGUUUAUGCUAACGUACCAUACCUUAAAGAUUGGAUACAGCAAAUUGCAAGUGAUAAUAUGUAAAAGUAGUAAAAGUUAACAUUUAAAAUUUAGUGUUGAGGAGGUAUUUAUAUAGAAGAAA